AUGUCGCGACUGCUUAAUGUGCUACCGCGGCGGUCGCCAAGGUCGCCUUUCGUCUGCAAACCAUGCCUUGAUCGACUGAGCACCCCAGCCAUCCGUCAGUUCUCAAUCUGCUCCGGCGCAUUCACAAAGACACUCCCGAGACCAGCUGCCACCUCUCCUGCUUCGUCCAAGACCUUUUCCACGACUGCCAUUCAUCUCGCCAAAGGACAUUCGAACCGCGAACUGCUUCCUUCUGCUCCUGCACGAACACGUUUUGCUCCAUCCCCGACCGGCUACCUGCAUCUUGGAUCACUACGCACCGCUCUCUUCAACUAUUUGCUCGCCAAAAGGACCGGAGGCCAAUUCCUGCUCAGGAUAGAAGAUACCGAUCAGGUGAGCGCCAAACCAAUAUGUUCGCAUGACUCAGGUGCUGAUGGGAGAAGANAAAGACUGGUCCCUGAUGCCGAGCAACGGCUAUGCGACGACUUGAAAUGGGCUGGCAUUCAAUGGGACGAGGGUCCCCAGGUUGGCGGUCCCUACGGUCCUUACAAGCAGUCUGAAAGAACUCCGCUGUACCAGAAACAUGCACAGGAACUCGUCGACUCCAAGGCCGCCUUCCGAUGCUUCUGCAGCUCUACCGCUCAAGCUCCCGUCGACGUUGACGCCUCGCUAGUCGGAUCUGCCAUCGGUGGCUGUCAUAGCGAUUGCGCCAGCAUUCCUCUGGAAAAAUCGACUGAAAGAGCACGCUCCGAGAAACACGCCAUCCGCUUCGGCAAACCUGACAAGGCCCCCAGCUGGUCUGAUCUUGUCUAUGGCAAAGUUUCGCUCGAAUCAAAAAAGACGCUACCACAGAGAGCUGCUGUCGAAGGUGUCAUCCUCCUCAAGGGUGACGGAACUCCUACAUACCACCUCGCAAAUGUCAUAGACGAUCACUACAUGAAGAUCACCCAUGUCAUUCGUGGCACUGAGUGGAUGUCCUCAACACCACUACACGCCGCGCUGUACAACGCCUUUGGAUGGACGCCUCCUGCAUUUGCCCAUGUUGGCCUGCUCACCGACAAGGAUCAAGCGAAACUCUCAAAACGCAACUUCGACACUGAUAUUGGAGCUCUCAAGACGAAACAUGGUAUUUUGCCUGAGAGUCUGGCCAACUUCCUUGCCUUGCUGGGCUGGCGCAAUCCUACUCGUGAUGAUGUCUUGGAAAUGAAUAAAUUGGUCGAGCUCUUCGAUUUGAAGUUUACCAAAGGCAACUCCAUUGUUUCGUUCGACAAGUUGUGGUAUCUACAGAAGAACCAUGCAAAGAUAAUCAUUGAAUGUGCCAUGCAAUCCUCAACGUCAGACCCCUCGUUCGAGACCUUAGUCGGCCUGGUUGAGUCAGCUGCUAAGACUGCUUACCCAGGAUCAGAAGCAGGAUCAGGAGAUCUGGAUCUGAAAACACACAUUAUGAACAUCCUCUUCAUCGACUCAAAAACAUACGAGAACCCAAGUUCAUACGUUGAGCGAAAUGCCUACUUCUUCACCAAUCUACCGCCAGUUUCGCCAUCAACCGACACCUCGAUUUCUGCGUCUGACCUCCACGACGCAGCCAUGGAAUCAAUGUCUCAUGUCAACAGCGCCAGUGUUGUACUGACCACAUCUACCAACUAUGCGCAAGUUAAACAACAAUUGGAUAGCGCGGUAGGAGAAUACUCUAGAGUCAUUGGAGAUAUAUGUCAGGCUCGCGCAACGUCAGAUGGACAAGUAGACAAAGAAAGGAUGAAAGAGUGGAGCAAAUCACUUCAUCGUUACUUGCGAGAGAAGCUAUGCUUUGGUCGACCAGGCCCUGGAAGUUCACAGGUCAUGGCUGUGCUUGGAUAUGAUGAAUGCAUGAAGAGACUCAAGAUGUAA